AUGGUCGGCGCACACCGAAGGCAAACCACCGUCGACAGCCCGCCAGCCUAUCACGUAGUAGGCCAGCGGGGAUCGGUCGCCGGGCCGUCGCGACUCAACUCUGGCUUCUCCAACUUGUCGCUGAGCGGCGAGCCACAGCAUCCCGAAGUCGGCACCUGCUUGGUGCAUCUGAGAUUGCUAUACACUUUCCAUAAUCUAAAGGAUGAUGUCGGCUUCUCAGACGGUCUCUUUGGGCUAUGGGAUGCUAGGUAUCCAGCGACGCCGAACAACCCCAACAAGGCCUUGGCGUCAUUGCGGGAAAAGCGCUGGGCUCUCUUUGUCGCUAGAGCCGUGGAUCGCUAUGAGGCAUGGUGGAACAGUCUAGGCGGGCAGUUCUUGACGGAGAGGGACAUGGAAAAGGACAGGACCAGAUAUCUCAAUUUCAUGGCCAAUUGGGAACCGAUGCAUUGGAGCGAGGAUCAUAUGCCUCCAUUGGAUGUGCUCCUCGUUUUACACGCGCACAUGUUGAAUCCAAGGCUGUUUCUCGAAGACUGCCUUCGGUGUGGGCACCGGGCAUUAUGGACGACGGGCAUACCCUGGCAUAUUAUCGAUCAGAUGAUUGACGACAGAUUUCAGUAUACGGCAUCAGAAAAGUGCAAGUCAAAUUGGACACGAACGACUGGACGCAAGUGGUUCAACACAGAGGAUGGCGACACGAAAGCCGUCAGGUGCCCUGCCUGUUCGGGGCUGGUCUCUAUGCCUUGGACAACAUGUAGCCAGGAUCGUGUGAACUUUGAAACAAAAUUUCCGCCACCGAGACCGCAGAAUAUUGCCGGCGAAGGUUAUGGUGACGGAAACUUGAGUCAAAAGUGUCCCAAGUGUAAUAUCACCAUCACGCAUGAACUGCUUUGCCUGGCCAAGUUUCGAAAUCACGUCAAAUAUUUGGUCAACAACGACCAGCCUCUUCCAGGAACCAUUUUGGAUUUGAAAAAGGGCAUGCCAACUGAAGCGUCGAGAUCAGAUUCGCCACGAUUGUUCCCGAAUCGCCUUUUGAGACGAGGAACUCUAGCAGACGUUGUCGAUCUAGUGAAACCUGGAGACGAAACGACGCCAAGUAUGUUGAUGGUGAAGGACCUUAUAGAAAAGGGGAUCAACGAUAAGUCUCUUCUGAAACGGGCAAACGGCGGGAAGAAGCCAGAUCUAGCAGCAAAACAACAGAUCCGGCACAUGAUGAGUCGGUACUGGGAUAAUGCAUCGCCAUUUGGGCUCGAUUUGGUUGGUGCUGUGAUGCGACAGGGUGUUUUCACUCAAAAGAUGUACAAGAUAGCUUGGCUUCAGAGCCCAGAAGCUAAUCCGACCAUUGCAAGAUUUUUGAUCAAGUACGAUCGCUUUUUCAAUAUAAUGGCGUCAAAACCCGAUCAGAUUGUGGUCCCAACAGUGGACAUAGAUCUGGUCUGGCACACUCAUCAAUUAAGCCCGCGGCAAUACUACAAGUUUACUGUAGCCAAGAUAGGUCUCUUUGUUGAUCACCACGAUAAAGUUGACGAAGAUAAGCUGUCUGAGGCUUUUGAGUGGACAACAAAAACGUAUCAAACCAUGUACGGAGAGGUGUACAGCGAAUGUAUUUGCUGGUAUUGUGAGACUAUUCGAGCCUGGAGUAUAUCAUCUUUUGGAGUUCUACUUAAUGUAUCCAAGCAAGACAAGAUUGCUCAAGCUUGGUACGACUCUGGCAAGGCCCAUGCUCAGCCUCCUUCAAAAUCGGCGCACAUUUCUACUCACCCAGCAGUCAAGGUCAACGAGACCGAGGCUCGCCAAAAGGUGACCAAGAAGAUGCGCGCACUCUACAAGUCGAGACUCGAGCAGAGCUAUGCCAGAGCCGUCAGCCGGGCGGGCAAAAAGGGGCGGGAGCUCGGGCCCAAGGAGAGGACGUAUCGCCACUGGGGUGCCAACUACACUCUCGAGGGUCCUUGGUCGCAUCCCCACUACCUCGCGAAGGGGCUCUACGCCACGGAUCCCACACAGGUCAAUGCCGGAGACGGCAUCCCUGGGGGUUGCGUCGCUGGAACCUGUGGCGGUUCUGGCGGUUGUGGUUCGGGUACAGUCUCAAUGUGUGGAAGUUAG